AUGGCAAUUAUGACCCCUGAACUACCAGAAAAGGUUUCAAUUGAAAACAAGAUCCAACCCGCUCUAUCUACGGAGAUGAUGGCUUUGGAUAUAGAAGUCCAUGGAACAUCCGAUGGAGAUGAAAUUCAUGAUGACGCUUCCAAUAAAUCUUCUUUGACAAAAAAUGAAUCCUUGAUAGUAGACUCGGUCGCGCCUGAUACACUUGUGAUGAAUGGAGACUCGAACACAGAGGAUUUACAAACUAACAAGGCCCACCUACCGACACCUAUAGAUACCAUUUCUGAAUCACUGUCUGAGCCUUCCCCAUUCUCUGCGCCCGCGUUAGAAACCCUUGAACGAAUCUCAACUACGCUUGACGAACAAUCUUCCACCGCGCCAAAGACCCACUCUCCCCACAUGGAAACAAAUAUUCCUACAGAAUCUGUUACUGAGCUCCAAAAUGUUGAUGAACCGAGACCCUCCUUGGAAGCAGCCAGAGAAGAGCAUACCUCUGAAAAAUCCUUGUUCGCAUCGCCUCAAGAAUCUAUUGAACCUAUACGCAUGCGAACUAUUUCUCCUGUUCCUAAAAAUGAAGAAGUUGUUGAGAAAGAAAUAGCGGAAACUAUCGUGUCAAACGAACCCAGUACUGGAAUCAAUAUCGAUCCCUCUAACGGAUCAGCCGAGAUCACAUCGUCACCCCAAGAAUUAAAUCAACCUGGAUCUCAUGAGAGCUCAUCACUACCAGUAAACAUCAAGCCCGCUGAAGAUUCCCUGGACGUCGAGCAUCACGACACCAUAAUGUCAGAUAUUUCCGAGAAAUCUACUAAAGUUCCUCGUGGACGUGAGAAUGAUGAUGAACUAGAGCCGUUAGCUAAGCGCACAAAAAUAACUGAAGAGGUAACCGCACCCAAGAAUUCGUCUAUUCCGCCAGAAUCAGAUAAGAACAGCUCCCACAUCUCGAGAGAAGAUCAUUCCAAAUCGUCCACAGUAAUGACGAAGAUAACCCCCUUCCAGUCGAAAGAGUUGAUCAAGAUCUUGAGAAACAUAUCGAGAACUAACGCCGGAAAAAAUUUUAGACAACCUGUCGCAGUCCUGUGGCCUUCAAUUGCAGAAAAUUAUGCAGCCAAAAUAACAAACCCUAUGGACCUCUCCACCAUCGAAAAGAAACUUAAAGACGAAGCCUACCUUACCAUCUCAGAAGUUAAGAAUGACGUACAUCUUAUAUACAAUAACUCAGUAAUUUUCAAUUCUGCAGAAAACCCGGUGACAAAAUGCGCUAUGGAAACUAGGAACGCGCUCUUCAGUAAAUUCUCAAGCAUACCUCCCGAGCCUGCUCCUCCAGCCAAAAAGGAGAAGAAAGUCGUCAAGCGGCCUAUCGCGGCACCCGAAUCUACGGCUCGAGUGCCCAUUAGCAAAAAGCAGCAAAAGGACCCUACGUCUUCUCCUGUUCAAAACACCACACAGGUACCAGCUCCAGCAUUUGCUUUAGAUCCGAUUACAAAUACUCCCUUGAUACGACGAGAAUCUUCCAAAGGAGAUGGGGGUCGUCCCAAGAGAGAGAUUCAUCCUCCUAAAAGUAAAGAUUUAUCCUACACCGCGAGACCCAAGAACAGAAAACAUCUUACAGAAUUAAAGUUCUGUGAAGAUGUUCUCGUCGAAUUGCAAAAGCCGAAGUAUAACAGCAUCAGUCACCCUUUUAUGGUUCCUGUCGAUCCGGUGGCGCUCGGAAUUCCCAACUACUUCGCAAUAAUAAAGAAACCAAUGGACGUCUCUACAGUAGCGAAAAAAUUGAAAGACUGCCUAUAUUCAAAUGCCAGUGAUUUCGAGAAGGAUAUUCGACAAAUCUUCAUCAACUGCUACAAGUACAAUCCUGAUGGAAACCCAGUGAGACAAAUGGGAAAAAGUUUUGAGGAAGUGUUCAAUAGCUUCUGGUCAAAGAAAGAGCAAUACCUUCUCGAUAAUUCUCCAUCUGCAGCAACCCCAAGUGAUAGAGAUUCUGAGGAAGAUGAAUCAGAAGAGGAAGAAAUUCUUGAUCCAGCAUCUGUUAAUGCGUCCUUGAUGAGCCAAAAAGAACGCCUACUAGAAGAGCAGUCUAAGCUUAUUAAUAUGAUGGGUGCUAAACACAAAGAUGAAGGAUUACUCCAAAUGCAAACGGAUCUCGUCGAGCUUAUCCAGAAGCGGGUGAAAGCAGCUGAAGAUCAAGCUCGAAAGGUUAUGAAUAAAAAGAAGGUAACAAAAAUUGCAAAAAAGCCCCUACCCGUCAAAAAACCAGCGCCCAUAAAGAAGCCUGUCGUAAAAAAGAGGUAUCUCGGGACUUUAGAAAAAGAAACAAUAUCGGCUGGACUAGGAUUACUUCCUGCUCAAAUCAUGGCUACAGUUGUCGAUAUGAUAAAAACAGAGCGCCCGGAACUUGAGGACGCAGGUGAUGAAACGAUGGAACUCGACAUCGACAGCAUUAGUGACAAUAUUUUAUGGCAAAUACAUGCAUUAAUAAUGAAACAUGUUCCUGAACUUGAAGCUCAAAUUCGGGAUUCAAUGAGCAGUGAGCCACGUCAGGCUACCCGAACCGCAAAGCCCGCUACCAAAAAAAAAAACAAGCCUAUGAGCAAGCAUGAACAAGAGCGUAAGAUCGAGGCUCUAACAAAUCUUGAUUCAGAGUUCUCCCGCGCUGGGUUUGGGUCACUUGAACCUACUGUACCCCAAUUCGCUAGCUCUCCUCACCAGAAUACCAAUGCGACUUUGGGCCUUGAAUCAAGUGGUGAUGAAGAUUCCGAUUCUGAAGAGGAAUAA